AGCGUCAGCUACUAGAAAGAAGCUGCCUAGACGAAGGCAGUAUGUCAGUCCCAGUUAAUGUUAAUGAUAUCCCUCAGCAUUGGAAAGAGUAUGCUUGUGGUGGAGGCGCAGCUUUCUGCAACAUUCUUAUCAGCUAUCCAUUGAAUAAACUCAUAUUUAGACAAAUGAUGCACGGAGUGGAGGCUACAUUUGCACUAAACCAGUUGCAGAAAGAAGGUAUGGGAUUUUUGUACCGGGGCAUGCUACCACCGCUACUUCAGAGAUCUAUGUCCAUGUCACUCAUGUUCGGAGUUUAUGAUGAAUGUUUGCAACCGCUCCUAGACGCAAAAGUAAAUUCUUACAUCGCCAAAACUGUAGCAGGGGUUGUCGCUGGGUGUUUUGAAGCAACCCUCAUGCCAUUUGAAAGACUGCAAACGUUACUCAUACAUCCGAAGUAUCACAAGAUGUUGAAGAAUACUGCCCACGCCACGAGUCACAUUGCUAGAUACUAUGGAAUUAAAGAGUUCUAUAGAGGAAUGGUACCGAUCCUUCUGAGAAAUGGACCCUCAAAUGCCAUGUUUUUCAUUAUACGAGAUGAAGUGAAGGUCCGAAUGCCAAGACAAGAGAAUUUGGUUUAUGACAGCAUACAGAAUUUCAUAGCAGGUGCAUCGAUAGGUGCGUUUUUAAGUACUCUGUUUUAUCCUUUAAAUGUGAUCAAGAUAGCGAUGCAGUGUGAACUUGGAGGCCCUCAUCGCUCGCUCAUUCAUGAAUACAACUAUAUACUCAGAAAACGUGGUUCGAAGUUUAGAAAUUUUUAUCACGGAGCUUUACUCAAUAUAUCUCGAGCAUUUCUCAGUUGGGGCGUUAUUAACGCGUCGUACGAAGUUUUUAGGAAAUUCUUGUAUACAUAGUUGUUUUCUGUUAUCGUUCAUUUGUUGUUCGUUAUUAAUUUUAUUAUCCAAUGUAUAAAACAAGAAAAUGUAUAAACGGAAUGGUUUUAUUAAGUAUUACUGUAGUUUAUUUUAAGUAGAAUUUUUAUUAAUCAAAUCAGCAUUUACGUGUCGGAGCUAUUUAUUGGUAAUUUGGUAAAGAUGUGAUAGAAUGUUGAACUGUAAUGCUUGUGAUAAGGUUUAAGUAAAAAUUAUGUAUUUUAGAAUUCUAUUACAAAUUUUAGUCAUUUAGGUACAUUUUUUGUCAAAUAUAUUUGACUAUCUCAUUAUCUUGUAAAGAAAAUGUAAAAUAGCUUUUCAAAUUGUAAUUGUACCUUGAUGUUGUAAACAUUCUUUACCAGAGUUAAUUUAUCACAAUAUUGAACUAGAUCUAAAAUAUAAAUAAAAUUUUUAGAAAAUGAAAA